GCUUCUGGCUGCCCUCCCCAUUGGCCCGCUGCGUUUUGUCUUUCAGGCUCUUCCCCCAGUCCCUCCCAGAUGCCGUUGGACGUCCCUGCAGGUUAUAGCAGUAAAAUGGCUUCCUUAGCAACCGUGUCUCCCGUAUCCGAGACCAAGGAGGCUGGUGGGGAGCAGGAUGAAAGCUGGUUUAGUGAAAGUGAAAGGGAAAUUCAUGUUAAUAACUGGAAGACUAAGGCUGAUCAAGCAAAGAAAGCAGAGUUUUUUCGUGAAACUGAAAAAUUAAAAAAUCAAAUUGCAAACUUUGAAAAAGACAAGAAUGACCAUCUCUAUAACAAGAAAAAUGAAUUCAGGAUUGAAUAUAGUGCGCUUGAAGAAUAUGAGCAAAAGCAGGCAAAUGUCAGAAAAGCAGAAAAAACAAAAACCAGGCAGCAGCUUACAAAAAUAGGCAAUAAUGUCAAGAGACUUCAGCGACAGCUAAAAGAUGUGAAACCUACUCCAGAAUUUGUUGAGAAGCUCAGAGUAAUGGUGGAAGAAGUUGACAGUGCUAUCAUUGCCUUUAAAGAAGAACAGAGAAUCAUUUAUGAGGAAUUAUUAAAGGAUGAAAAGUCAACCAUUGCUGAACUGAGUGCCUUGGAACGGAAAAUAGAGGCAUCCCAGAACACCGCCCCAGAGGUUUUCAAAGCACCCUCUGGGAAAGUGGUGUCAUGCAGCAAAAUCUCAAGUCAGCUUCCAGAAGAGGUAGAAAUAUUUGAAAUUUUUUUACAACAGUCUGGUGGCCGUGGAGGAGGAUGGGAUGAUUUUGACCAUCAAAGCUUUCUCAAAAUCUGGACCAAACACAAAGGCAAGCCUACUUAUUUAAAAGAAGCAAUGGAGUAUCUUCCUAGCCGGACAAGAGAGGAUGUCCAGCAACAUGAAACCUGGUACAAGGAGUUCCUCUUAUUAGAGGGGAAAAAAAGAGAGGCUAUUCAAAAAUGGAAAGCUAAGAAACAUUUGGAAAAAGCGGAAAUGUCGAAGCUGCACGUCAAGCAGGAAUUGUCUGAGUUUGAUCGCCAUCAGCAAGAAGAAGCUCUGAGACAGAAACAGGAAAUGGAAAGGAGGAAACGACAGCAGGAAUUAGAAGCCUGGAAAAGAAAGAAAGAGAUAGAGGAAAUAACCAAACAUGAGAUGAAAAUAAAAGAAGAGGAGGAGCAACAAAGGAAACAGAGGAAGGAGUACCAACGUCAGCUGGAAGUGAAGCUCUUAGUGGAACAACAUGCACGAAAGAAAAAGGAGCAGGAGGCGUUUCUAAGAUUGGAAAAAGAGAUGAGAGAAGAAGCGGAAAGAGAAGAGAAGAGGAGGAUGGCCUGUUUUCAGAUACAACGAUUUCAAGAUAUGGACCAAAGGAAACUUGAGGAAAGAGCACAGAAAAACAAAGCACGAGAAGAAUUAGAAGCAGAAAAGGAGAGGAGGCUGGCAAAGUUAAAAGAAAAGGUCCAAGUUCACGUUGACAGAGAUCCUGCUAGACUUUGUAAACUUACAAAAGGCUGGGAAGCACGUUGUAGAGAGAGUGGGCCAACAGGAGCGACUGGUCCUUCAUUACAUAUUCCACACAGGGCUGUGCCAACGUGGAGACAAGAUUUAUAGACUUGCGAGAACAAGAUUGUAGUUGCGCCAAAAGUACAAGUGUUUGUUUGUAGGGAUGUAAAUAUGCAAC